AUGCUCAGCAAGGUGAGAAGGCGGGUAACAGCAGCCAUCUGGCGGGGGGCUACCCUUUUGUUCCUUCUGUGCCACCUGGGUUAUGUGUGGGGGCAGAUCCGAUACCCGGUCCCGGAGGAGUCACAGGAGGGGACUUUUGUAGGGAAUGUCGCCCAGGAUUUCCUGCUGGAUACCGAGAGCCUGGCAGCUCGCAGGCUGCAGGUCGCUGGCCAGGUGAACCAAAGACACUUCCGUGUGGAUUUGGACAGUGGCGCCCUGCUCAUCAAGAACCCGAUCGAUCGCGAGGCACUGUGCGGGCUCAGUGCCAGCUGCAUCGUGCCCCUGGAGUUUGUGACUGAAGGGCCUCUGGAAAUGUACCGAGCCGAGGUGGAGAUCGUAGAUGUGAACGAUCACGCCCCCCGGUUUCCGCGGCAGCAGCUGGACUUGGAGAUCGGGGAGGCGGCUCCCCCAGGACAGCGCUUCCCCUUGGAGAAGGCGCAGGACGCAGACGUGGGGAGCAAUUCCAUCAGCAGCUACAGGCUGAGCUCCAAUGAACACUUUGCCCUGGAUGUCAAGAAGCGCAGUGACGGCAGCCUGGUUCCCGAGUUGCUCCUGGAGAAGCCGCUGGACCGUGAGAAACAGUCCGACUACCGCCUGGUGCUGACAGCGGUGGAUGGAGGGAAUCCCCCGAGGUCCGGUACCGCGGAGCUCCGGGUGUCGGUGCUGGACGUCAAUGACAACGCCCCAGCUUUCCAGCAAUCCAGCUACCGGAUCAGCGUGCCCGAGAGCGCGCCCGCUGGCAUGCUGCUCAUUCAGCUUAACGCCUCCGACCCGGACCUGGGUCCCAGCGGUAACGUCACCUUUUCCUUCAGCGGCCACACCCCUGACCGCGUGAGAAACCUUUUCAGCCUGCACCCCACCACCGGGAAGCUCACGCUCCAGGGGCCCCUGGACUUCGAGAGCGAGAGCUACUACGAGUUUGAUGUGCGCGCCCGUGAUGGGGGCUCUCCAGCCAUGGAGCAGCACUGCAGCCUCCGGGUGGACCUCCUGGAUGUGAACGACAAUGCCCCUCAUAUCACCGUGACUUCAGAGCUGGGGACGCUCCCUGAGAGCGCAGAGCCCGGCACAGUGGUGGCCCUCAUCAGCGUGCAGGACCCAGACUCUGGCUCCAAUGGGGAUGUCAGCCUCCGAAUCCCAGACCACCUGCCUUUUGCCCUCAAGUCUGCCUUCAGGAACCAGUUCUCCCUGGUCACGGCUGGGGCCUUGGACCGAGAGGCCAAAUCCAGCUAUGACAUCCUGGUCACUGCCUCUGAUGCCGGCAGCCCUGCUCUGAGCACCCACAGGACCAUCUUCCUCAAUAUCUCUGAUGUGAAUGACAACCCGCCCUCGUUCUUCCAGAGGUCACAUGAGGUGUUUGUUCCUGAGAACAACCGCCCAGGGGACCUGCUUUGCUCCCUUGCAGCCUCCGACCCGGACUCCGGCCUCAAUGCACUCAUCUCCUACUCUCUCCUGGAGCCCAGAAAUCGAGAUGUGUCGGCUUCUUCUUUCAUCUCCCUGAACCCUCAGACAGGAGCUGUUCAUGCCACCCGCUCCUUCGACUAUGAGCAGACCCAGACGCUGCAGUUUGAGGUGCAGGCCCGAGACCGGGGCAACCCACCCCUCAGCAGCACGGUCACGGUCCGGCUGUUCGUGCUGGACCUCAAUGACAAUGCUCCAGCGGUGUUGCGCCCUCGGGCCAGGCCUGGUUCCUUGUGUCCCCAGGCACUGCCUCCAUCGGUAGGUGCCGGCCACCUGGUCACCAAGGUGACUGCCGUGGAUUUGGACUCAGGCUACAAUGCCUGGGUCUCCUAUCAGCUCCUGGAGGCUCCAGACCCCAGUCUGUUUGCUGUCUCUCGCUAUGCUGGGGAGGUGCGCACGGCUGUCCCCAUCCCCGCAGACCUCCCGCCCCAGAAGCUGGUCAUUGUGGUGAAGGACAGCGGGAGCCCUCCACUCUCUACCUCUGUCACGCUCCUAGUGUCCUUAGAAGAAGACGCUCACCCGAUUGUCCCUGAUCUUCGAGAGUCUUCGGCUCCGAGGGAAGGAGAGUCCCGACUGACCCUCUACUUGGCUGUAUCCCUAGUGGCCAUUUGCUUUGUCUCCUUUGGUUCCUUCGUGGCACUGCUCUCCAAGUGCUUACGAGGGGCUACCUGUGGAGUGACCUGCUUUCCUGCUGGCCCCUGUGGCUGCCUCAGCCGACCCCGGAGGAGGGAGGGGCUCCCUCCUUCCAGUGGGAUCCUCCGCAUCCAGCUAGGGUCAGAUGAUCCUAUCAAGUUUGUGGAUGUGGGAGGCCACUCCCAUGGCUGCACGCCCUUGGCUUCUGCACCCACUCGGAGUGAUAGCUUCAUGAUGGUGAAGUCGCCUAGUGCGCCUAUGGCAGGGGAGCCCGUUCGCCCGAGCUGCCCACCCUCUGAUCUUCUCUAUGGGCUAGAGGUGAGACUUUCGCAGACUUGGCCAGUGCUAGAGGGUUGUUUGGAUCCAGGUCCAGGUCCGGGUCCCGCUCGAUGAGAGGACUGGCCUCCCUGCACUAGCCUAUGGUGAUGUCACGGUCAUGCGAGCGCUAAUUCUGUGGUGGAUCUUUGUGCUUUACAAGUCUGUGGUGAAU